UCGUCGUAAAGGCUCAUGCGACGGAAGUUCGAAUAUAGGCAACGGCGUUGGUCUUUGAAGUUAUUUGAAACCCUAGAAGCAUUUGGAAGAAAGAAAUGAGUGGAGCAGGAACACCCGAUUUCUUCUACAGAGAGGCUCAGCGCCUUGGCUAUGUCGCACGAUCCGCCUUCAAGCUGCUUCAGAUUCAGAAGCAGUUCAAAUUGAUAACUUCUGGCUCCUCCGUUUUGGACCUUGGUUGUGCUCCCGGUGCCUGGCUUCAGGUGGCUUGCCAGAGUCUGGGCCCUCUGAAGAAUGGAGGCUCGGUCUUGGGUAUUGAUCUCAAGAAGGUAAAAGUUCCUCAUGUGCAUUGUGACUCAAGGGUUCAAACUGUUUCUGCUGAUGUUAUGAACCUUCCCAGAAACAAAUUGAAGGCACUGUCUCCUAAGGAGAGAGGAUUUUCUGUAAUACUCUCCGACAUGUGCCCCUCAGUAUCUGGAAUCACCACUAGAGAUGCGACUUUAUCAGUUGAAUUGGGGAUGCAAGCAGUUAAUUUGGCUAUUGGGGAAGCUGCAUUAGGCUCUGGAGAUGAUGUUAUGCAUGGAAAGGACAGCGUGGAUGAUUCAACCUCAGUUGUAGAUUAUGAUGGUCUGCUACAAAGAGGAGGCCACCUCGUCGUAAAACUUUUGGAGAGUGAAGAUACCCAAGAAUUCAGCCGAAUGUUGAAACCGCUGUUCAGAAAGGCAUCCUGGUUGAGGCCCAAGGCUACUAGAUCGUCGUCAAGAGAGAUUUAUUUGAUAUGUCAAAGCUUGCAGGCAAGAAAAUAGAAUUUCAAAAUUUGGGAUGAGAACUUAAAUCCUCAGCCUACUCCAGAGACCCAAAUGUAGCAAGUCAAAAAGGUAGCCUUCAGACUGAAGCAGAGUUCCCUGGCAACAUCGAAUCGAGCUUUGUAAGCUUGGAUCCGAUCAAGAUUCAAAUCACUAUGUUGAUUGUUGAGUGACGUAGUGGUACCUUUUUGCUAUUAAUUGUCAUAAGAACGCAUAUUUAACUUAUGAGAUUUGUUUAGUAGACUUGGCUGCCAUUAGAUUACUUGUUAUUAACUUGUUCUUUUCAGAUCUAAAUCCAUGAAUAUAGAAGUACGACUUCCAUUGAAA